UCGAUGGGUGUGACCGGUGUGACCCAUAGAACCCAUAGAACUGGCCGUGGUUGAUGAUCUUUCCCAACGUAGCGGGCAUGGAGCCGAUAGUUUCCGCGUUAAGCAGGAUAAAUCUAGGAGUCUGGUUUUGUUCCCGCAUCGGAAUAAAUUUGUUCGAUUCCAAAUAGAAAUUCAGAUGAUUCGAUCGUUUUCGUUCGAUUGUGUCCAUCGCUAUGAUUAUUGUUUAGAUGCCAUGUAGGUUAAAUUGUAUACGAUGUUUUCCAGAACAAAACCGAUAAUGAUUAUUAUUCUAUUCAUGCUGUGUGUAUAUUACCCAGCGAAUUUAACUCGCGCUCCCGACAAAUUCACUGACAUUAGCAGUAAUAAAAGUCCAUAUGAAAUUAGGUUGGUGAAUUAUAAUAUCAGCCAUGGUUGCAGUCAUCUUAACGGGCCAGAGGAUCUGCAUGUCGCUUCUCUAAUUUUAGCGAGAGGUGGUAGUAAAGGCAUCCGCCAUAAAAAUUUGGCGAAAAUAAAUGGAACUACAUUGCUUAAACGCUCUCUGAUGGUCAUACAUGACUUUGGCAGAUUUUCUUCCGUCUGGGUGUCAACUGACAGUACUGAUAUCGCAGAAGAAGCAAAUACUGCAGGUGCCCAAGUACACUGGCGGUCAUCAGAGAGUGCUACUGAUUUUGCCCCGUCAAUAGUGGGAGUUCAGGAUUUUUGUUCCUUUCACCCAGAGGUUGAUGUGGUUGCACUCAUACAAUGCACGUCACCCUUCCUGAAAGCUGAAUUCCUUGCAGAAGCUUAUAGCAAGAUGCAGGAUGGCAAGUAUGACUGUGUAUUUUCAGUAACGCGGGAGUACAAACUGCGUUGGAAGAAACUGCCAGAUGGUGACGUUAAACCAAUAAAUUUUGACCCUAAGAAACGUCCCAGACGUCAAGACUGGGAUGGGGAAUUGGUAGAAAAUGGCAUGUUUUAUUUUGCAACAGCAAAUCUAAUCACCUAUGGCCUCCUUCAAGGUGGAAGAUGUGGAACUGUGGAUAUACCCAAGGAGUACAGCAAUGAAAUCGACAGUCCAUUUGAUUUACAAGCAGCUGAAGCGCAACUUCAUGCGCAUUCGUUCUUGUGAGGUGUCAAAACAUGGCGACAGAUUUGCAUUUGGGUCAGUACCUCCGUAUUAUCGUGAAGUUUUUAAUAUUAUUUCACCAUCUUCCAGUAAUGUCAGUAAGGAACUGUUCACAAAGUUGCUUGUCAAAUCAGGACUCCCAUCGCAGACAUUAAGUUUGAGCUUCCACGACCAGAUUUGGGUGACCUGUCAGACCUUUCACCAGCAGUGACAACAAGUCUGACACAGAUUGGUCUACGUUAUCCUGACAUCUGCCAGAUGGAUACUAUAGAAGUUGACUUGGUACCUGAAAAGAAAGGGCUGUUCCUAAAACAUGUAGAAUAUCAGGUCUGCAGCAAGGUAAGAACAGUUGGGCUGUUAUCAUUACAAAUUUCUAGUGCCCAUUGUGUGGGCUGCUCAUCAGGUUUUAAUCAUAUUGUGCCAGCUCUCAGCAAGUGUACGCCGGGCAU